UCUUCUCCGAAACGUUGUAAUCUCUCAUUCAGCAAAAACAUCCCAAAAUAUGGCUUCGGCUUCAAAGGUCGACAAAAUCAAAGAGAUUUUAAGAAAGGCGGAUACUACGGUAGCCGACUUCCCACCUCUUACCGAAAGGACCUUCGAAACUGUUCAUUAUGCGUGUAAGGGAUCGCCAUUUCGUGUAAUGCAAUGGAAUGUUCUAGCUGAUGGACUAUCUGGCUCAAGCCCUACAUCCAAUUUCAUAAAAUGCCCCUCGGAAGCCCUAAGCUGGUCAACCCGCAAACAACGGCUGAUUCAAGGUAUCUUAACAUAUGAACCUGAUAUUAUAUGUUUGGAAGAGGUUGACCAUUUCUAUGACUUCUUCAAGCCAUCACUAGACGAGGUUGGGUACACAGGUAUCUUUGUUCCUAAGGAGGAUUCCCCUUGUUUAAAAUUUCCUGGAAAUUCCGGACCUGAUGGUACUGCCAUAUUCUUUGACAAACAAAGAUUUAAGUUGAGGAAGCAGCAGUCUAAGCAGCUUAAAAAUUCUGAUGGAACUCUAACAAACCAAACUGCCCUAUUUGUUCAUCUUUUUGAUAACCUCAAUAAAAAGUCUCUCUAUUGCUGUGGCACACACUUGAAAGCAAAGCCAGCAUUUCAAGAUUUGCGGUCAGCCCAAGGGAAAAGCGUUUUAGCCUUUUUAAAGGACUUUAUGGAAAAUGAACAGGCUGAAGUUCUUGUUUGUGGAGAUUUCAAUGCUGAACCAACAGAGCCAGUUUAUCAAGUGAUGGAAGAUGGCGUCCAUGGAGUUCCUCUAAGGAGUGCUUAUAAGACAAUUAGUAGAUCUGAACCUGAUUAUACAACCUGGAAAAUAAGACCCAAUGGUGAAGUAAAGCAUACUAUAGAUUAUGUAUGGCACUCAGAAGGAUUGAAAGUUGAUGGGUACUUGCACGUUGCAGAUACUGCCAGCAUGAAUGUGGAUAGACUGCCGUGCAUGGCAUAUCCAUCAGACCAUAUCUCUCUUGUGUUCGAUUUCUCUUUUUUGGAAUAGUAGGUAUAUGAUGGUAUACUAAGUACCAGCAUUGUGGAUGGCAAAGGUGUGACUUACAAGUGAGAUGGGGUGAUUGUCUUUUGAAAUGGAUGGUAACAAUUCUGUACUCUGUAUUAUGUGCAGCAUUUUCGGUCCAUUCACUAUCAGAGAUUUUGAAAAUACAACUGAAUAUUUGAAACUGAUUUCAAAUUUGCAAUUCCUAAGCAAAUAGCAAAUCCUGACUAUGUUUGCCUUGCCUUGAGCCCAUCUCUUAGAAUUAAACUAAAUCUCAGUCAAUUUUUGAUAAUAUUUAUCAAUUAUAAGCAAUGCAAGCCCAGAAGGUUUGCUUUAUUUAUUCAAUUGACAGAGCAAUAUUUAGAAAGUCUGAAACAUUCUUUGCUGUAAUUAAAUUUGGAUAGAAAUAUUUUGUAAACCAUAAGAUAAUUUGUCUACGAAACAAUCAAAAUCAAUUAUUUUUUGUUGUUUCUUGUUUUAAUUCUCUCUGAUAAGAUUCUGUAAUUAGGGAAUUGAGAUUCACUUAAUAUAUCAAUGGACACAUUCUCUGAAAGCACAACUUAUAGCAUUUUACAUUUCACCAGAAUCUAGAUAAUUUAGAAGAGUUAUACCGUUUAAAACAUGAGUCUCGCGAGUGGCAUAUUGCGAGGCAUAUCACGCAAAACGUUGACUAUCUGCAAGUGAUGAUGUUAACUUGUACAGUACCUAUGAUAAAAAAAAACACUUAAAUUUUGUAACACAAUGUUAUAAAUGUGAAUAGAUGACAGGUCAUUCUAGCAAGUAUCCUUAUGAUAUUUAUUAAUGUAAUUUGCUAUGCAACACAUUCAAUAAAUUUGGAUAAACGGUC